AUGGCGGCGGACAGACAGGGCGCGGAGCGCGAGCGGCGCGGCGGGCGGCGGGAGAACGCACAGGUGCGGUUUUCGCUGCCGGUGGGAGAGCAGUCUACGCGGGCGGCGGCUGCGGGGCACCGGCGGUGCGCGUCGCACGGGGCGGCGCGGCGCGGGGUCGGGGGCCACGCGGGGCGGCUGUCGGUGGAUGGGCGGGCGGGACAAUUGGUAGCGGGCUUAUCAAGCGAGACGGCGUCGGCGGAGUCGCUGCGGAUCCUGUCGACGCAGGCGAAGCUGAUCCGGAUCCCCGACUUUGAGAAGGAGCCGACGCCGCGGCGGCGGGACGUGCUGUCGGGGUUCUUCGCGCUGGACGAGCCCGAGGAGGAGGCGGUGCCGGGGGGCGCGACGGGGUGUCUGUCAACGACAUUCCAGUUUCCGUGCGCGGCGGCGCCCGCGGCGGCGCCCGCGGCGGGCGAGGUGGACGGCGACGAGGAUUUCCUGCGGGUGCCGGAGCAGAGCGCCGAUCGGACGCUGGAAGCGCGACGGCUGAAGCUGCUGGAGCAGAACACGCUGAACCACCGCCACAGACGCAGCAGAAGCAUCCACGCAGCGGACGCACUGUUCCCGUCGCCGAAGCCCAAGACGGGCGGUCUGGCGCCCGCGAAGGCGGGCGGGGCGUGGCCGCAGUCAUCUGCGCAGCAUCGGCGCAGGAUGUCUGCGUUCAGCAUUCCCGAGGCGACACACAUGAAACAACAUUCGCCGCUAGGCCAGAGUUCGCCUGCGCGGCCCUACUCUCCGUUGAGACAGAGCAUGUCGCUGAGGCCACGUUCUCUACAUGUGGAUUCUACCGAAUCUAUCAACUUUCUGGAGCUUCUGGAUCCGCCACAUCCUACGCUGCGGCGUUUAGAUCCCCCUGAGGCAGAGCCUCCGAGCAAUAGUUAUCUGCAGACUACGCCUAGCCCACGAAGCGAAGUCGGCGGCACAAACACACAUUCUAACGAGGAGAAAGCAGAUGAGGGUACGAUUACGACGUUAAAGGAUAUCACGGAAUCGGAAGUCGAGGAUGAUGUGCCUGGCGGCCAGCAGUCCUCGAACUCUCCUACCUCGCACAACUCAACACCUUCAGUGUCUCUUGCUGAGGCCAGCAACGGUGGUACCCCUCAUAGGAAAUCGUCCAGCACAACAGAUGCAGAUCACCGUAACAUUCUUGGCCUUUUGCACGAAGCCGGCCCCCUGGAGGUUGCCGGAGAGACGAAAACGAAUACAGUGGCCGAAAGUGUGGAAAAUUACGAGAUGAUCACUGAAUCCAGGGGCCUCUCGACGGAGAUAACACAAUACUACGAUAUAAGGGUUACCGAGCCUCGUGCUUCGUCGGGGACCCUCUCCAACACAUCAUCCCCUCCUCGGAAGAAUGUAAUAAGAGCAAAGCAGAACAACUUGGAUCCGAAAAGAUCAUCGUCCAAUGGGUGGUCGCACUCCUCGUAUGAGUCAGAUGUCUCGACUCCAUCUUAUCAAGGUUCGCGCCUUACAAGCCUAUCUUCUCUUAGUAGCUCGGAGCUAGAAGGAGUAGAACGAAUUUUCACCGACACGAAGCAAAACACUCUAAGCCCCUGCCUAAUACUAGACGAAGAUAGCGCUAGCGAGCCUGAUGAUGAUAGAGAAACGGUAGCUGAUCGUGGGGGUCUCGCCGCCGUUUCAUGGUGCAGUCUGCCUGAAUAUCUAGGCGGGCUUCAUAUCUACAAGGAGGUGGAGCUCGGUUCUAGCUAUAACACUUGCAAUGAGAAAGCACCUUCUGGUCGGGUGUCUAAUUGCUCAGCCAAUUUAGAGAAUCGGCCUUAUGGUAUAUUUACGGGUAGCUCUGUUACAGCUGCUGGUGAAACUCUGGACCUACCCGCGAACGGCUCGAAGCCAAAUCAUCACGAGACUCCGGAGGUGCUCCAAAAUACAUCCUCAAAAAGAUUGCUCGCCCCACCGACCGUCACACCACCGGCUUUCACUAGGAGUAAGUCGAAUCCAUGUGACUCUUACCUGAAUAAGAAUAGGGCACCAACGACAUUAUGGACAUUGUGCGAUGUUCUUACCCGUGACACAAAGAGUGUACUGAAUACACUGACUAAUAUGAUGGACAGGCUGGUCGGCUCUCCACUUAUGGCCAAUUUCAAAAACAAACCUUACCGGAAUCAUAGGUGA